GGCAGCGGCGGGAGGCCUCCGGGCCCGCUCGAGGGCUAGGCUGGGGCCCGGGGGCGGAGGGGAGGUCCUCCUGCGGUGGGCGGCAGUCAGAAAGAAGGAUUCCACACAUUCCUCGGCGCGGAGGAGGCUGCAGUGCGCGGGGCGAACGAAUGCGCCUGAAACGUUACAGGACGCUUGCGGCCUUAUAUGGGCAGCCGGGGCCUGGCCGGCGCCGCGCGCCUGGGAACCACCGGGGCCGGGCCCUCUGUAGCCCACCCGGCCCUCCGCCGUCCUCCCUGGUCCUCCCAGGCCCGCUCACGCCUCCCCCUCUCGUCUACUUCUGCGACCCUGGACGAGUCCCUUGUUCACUGUGCCUCAGUAGCCCUGCGGGUGAAGCGGGAUCAGUAACUGUACCUGCUUCGUAAAGUCGCGGUGAGGAUGGAGUUAAUUCGUGUAAAGGGCUUGAUGGUGACCGGUACCUGCCCCACCCGCUUACAGGAUGGGUGCGGAGGAGCCGAACGCUCGGGAGUAACGUGCAGGGCCAACCGUGAGACGCUGAUGGGUGUGGGUGCGCCAGUGCUGGGCCUCUUCCCACUCCCUGCCCGCGCCCUUUCCCUCCAUCUUGCAACCCCUCCUCCCACUCUGGGCGCACGUGGUCCACGCCGAGCGGCCGAGACGCCUCGGCUGCGCCUUCAGGAUGACGGAGUGGGAGACAGCUGCACCUGCAGCAGCAGAGACCCCCGACAUCAAGCUCUUUGGGAAGUGGAGCACCGAUGAUGUGCAGACCCAUGGCAUUUCCCUGCAGGAUUACAUCACAGUGAAGGAGAAGUAUGCCGAACACCUGCCCCACAGUGCAGGGUGCUACCCGGCCAAGCGCUUCCACAAGGCGCAGUGCCCCAUCGUGGAGCGCCUCACCAAGUCCAUGGUGAUGCACGGCCGCAACGAUGGCAGGAAGCCCAUGACCGUGCGCUCCGUCAAGCACGCCUUCGAGAUCGUCCACCUGCUCACGCGCGAGAACCCCCUGCAGGUCCUGCUGAGUGCCAGCAUCAGCAGUGGCCCCCAGGGGGACUCGACCCGCACUGGGCGAGCUGGAACAGUGAGGCGGCAGGCGGUGGACGUCUCCCUGCCGCGCCGUGUGAAUCAGGCCAUCUGGCUGCUGUGCACAGGUGCCCGUGAGACCACCUUCCGGAACAUCAAGACCAUUGCCGAGUGCCCGGCAGACGAGCUCAUCAGCGCUGCCAAGGGCUCCUCCAACUCCUGCACUAUCAAGAAUAAGGAUGCGCUGGAACGUGUGGCCAAGUUCAACCACUGAUUGCCUGGCCACAGCUGCAGUAAGCCUGUUUGCCCUUUGGGGUGCCCCCCCCCCGAAAAAUAAAGGAUGACCAGGACCCACCAGACAUUCCAUCCUCUGUGGAUACCCCCUCAGGGAGUGAUUUG